CUGCAACAACCUCUUUUCCUCUCUUCAUUCUCCCGCCGCUGAAGCUACCACCUCUCUGUAACGAGGCCCAUCGUCGCAAUUUAAUACCCAUCGCAGUUCCUUCCCAUUCCAAACCAGCACAGCACAUGUCCUUCUACGUCGCACCCAGCCAGCAGCGCACUCUUCGCGCCUGCAUGGUCUGUUCCCUCGUCCAACUGCACAGCAAAUUCAUGCGCGAAGGUUGCCCCAACUGCGAUAACGUCCUCGGCCUCCGUGGCAACAACGACGCCAUCCAAGAAUGCACCUCCCAAGUCUUUGAAGGAUUGGUCACCCUCCGUGACCCGAAUACCAGCUGGGUAGCUCGCUGGCAGCGACUCGACAGCUACGUGCCGGGAACGUAUGCGGUCAAGGUGACCGGAUCGCUCCCGGACGAGAUCAUUUCGAGCCUGGAGGAUUCGGGCGUGAAGUAUAUUCCUCGCGAUGGUAGCACGGGUGAAGAGGAGACUUGA